GAGAGACAGUGUUUGAUCAAUAUUUACAGGUCGUUCGGAUAGACUGUUUUUCAGAUGAUUACACCAUUAUGAAGAAGGUUACCACGUUGUUGGACAGUCUGCUACAGAAAUAUGACAAGUCUGUGCGUCCUGGCGUUGGAAGGGAACCGCUGGUCAUAAAAACCAACAUGCUGGUGAGGAGUAUCGGUCCCAUCACAGAAUCAGAAAUGACGUACUUGCUUCAGUGCUAUCUGCGACAGAGCUGGCACGACGAGCGCCUGAAAUUUGACCUUCCUAACGUCACAGAGGUCACCCUAAGUAACACCUUCCUCAAGGACAUCUGGAAACCCAACACCUAUUUCCUGAAUGGCCGUUUGUCUGUCCAGCCCAACAUUACAGUCCCGAAUGUAUUUGUUAGAAUACGAAAAGACGGCAGCAUUUACAUGUCGCGGAGAUUAACCAUCAAUGCCAAAUGUCCGAUGAAUCUCCUGGACUAUCCAAUGGACUCUCCAGUCUGCCCACUGUUGUUAGGAGGCUAUGGCUACACAAUGGAAGAAAUCAUUUACAGAUGGCAGGCGCGCAACAAAUCGGGAGUUGAUAUUUACGAUGACGUCACCAUGUCGCAGUUUGACAUUGAUUCUAUUUGGACUACGAAUAAUACCUACUCAAACCUGAUUGGGACAUUCUCGGGUCUAGAAGUGCAUUUUCAUCUGAAGCGUCAUAUUGGAUUUUUCAUGCUACAGACGUAUAUCCCCUGCACUUUGAUCGUCUGUUUAUCUUGGGUUUCAUUUUGGAUUAAUCGAGACGCUGCACCAGCAAGGGUUCUUUUAGGGGUGACGACCGUCUUGUCCACGGCGGCUGUGGGUCUGAUUCAGAGAGAUGGCUUACCCAGAGUUCCGUACGCCACCGCUCUCGACGUCUUCCUGAACGUCUGCAUCUUCUACAAUUUGGCCGCCAUUGUCCAAUACGCCGCCGUCAACUACUUCACCAAGAUUCUUCCCAAGGAAGGCGGCAGCUCGGACGACGAGGACGAAUCAACAAAUGACAACGAAGCUAGGGGAAAUGACGUCAUGCCGUCGAGGGUACCAAGGAAAACCGGAUGCCCGUUGUUAUUCUGUAAAUGUUUUUUAGGCAACUUCCGGUUUCGGUACGAUAUGGUAGAAUUCACAGAUAUCGCGGCAGGAAAUAGCGUCAGCAGUAUUGACAUUCUCUCCAGAUACAUAUUUCCAUUUUCCUUCUGUCUUUUUCAAGCCUUUUACUGGGCUUGGUAUCUUGGACUGAAACCAUAUUGAAAUAACACUUUUGACUUGUAGAAAUGAUAUUUUGACUUGUAGAAAUGUUACAGACUGGCAUCGUUUGUUCUCAUUAUGAUUUUAGAUGCUAAACGAAUCAAGCGAUAUAUGAAAACAUGUAGAUUUAACAUUUACAGCUGGUAGUCGCAGGUGGUAGUUUUAAGCUGUGUAUAGAAAGUCUCAAUUUAUGAAGUUACGCAAAAUACUGUCACAAAAUAUUUAAGAAGUUCAUCCCCUUGUCUUCGGCUACUGAAAAAUACUAGCUAGGCUGAAGCUAUAUAGCAGAUUGCACAUGUCCAGUAGCACCACUAGCUAGGCUGAAGCUAUAUAACAGAUUGCACAUGUCCAGUAGCACCACUAGCUAGGCUGAAGCUAUAUAGCAGGUUGCUCAUGUCCAGUAACACCACUAGCUAGACUGAAGCUAUAUAACAGAUUGCACAUGUCCAAUAGCACCACUAGCUAGGCUGAAGCUAUAUAGCAGAUUGCACAUGUCCAGUAGCACCACUAGCUAGACUGAAGCUAUAUAACAUAUUGCACAUGUCCAGUAGCACCACUAGCUAGACUGAAGCUAUAUAACAGAUUGUACAUGUCCAGUAGCACCACUAGCUAGGCUGAAGCUAUAUAGCAGAUUGCACAUGUCCAGUAGCACCACUAGCUAGACUGAAGAUAUAUAACAGAUUGUACAUGUCCAGUAGCACCACUAGCUAGGUUGAAGAUGUAUAGCAGAUUGCACAUGUCCAGUAGCACCACUAGCUAGACUGAAGCUAUAUAGCAGAUUGCACAUGUCCAGUAGCACCACUAGCUAGACUGAAGCUAUAUAGCAGAUUGCACAUGUCCAGUAGCACCACUAGCUAGGCUGAAGCUAUAUAGCAGAUUGCACAUGUCCCGUAGCACCACUAGCUAGGCUGAAGCUAUAUACCAGAUUGCACAUGUCCAGUAGCACCACUUUGCUAAUCUGUUGGGUAUUAUUAUACGUUUAUCUUGGACUCAGCGUAGAAAUAUGAUAUACAAUGUACGCACAAAAUGUGUGUGUUUAUGAAAAAACUUUUCGGAAUUUACUGAAAAUGUACUGUUGACAGGACGAAUAAAAUAAU